GCACCCGCUUUCACGCGGGACCAGAUGUGUCACAGUGGUCAAUGCAUGGUGAGUUCUCCCUACUCGUUACCACCGACCGUGUAGAAACCGGUGGGAGGAGUAUAAGGAAAUCAGGAAGGGUCUCGUUCAUUGACGUGUAUGUUCGGUCUGCUGACAAGAAGAAUCGGCUGUGUUACCAGUAGUCUAGGUUUUAGAAACAUUACAAACAUCAAAACGAAAAUGUCUGUCGAGUUGCCGAACGUUAUUUUCGUUUUGGGUGGACCUGGAGCUGGUAAAGGAACACAGUGUGCUAAAAUAGUCGAGAAAUUUCAAUAUGUUCAUCUUUCUGCUGGGGAUUUGCUUCGUGAGGAACGCAAUACCCCUGGAUCAGCUUAUGGAGAACUAAUUGAGAAUCACAUUCGCAAUGGUUCUAUUGUUCCUGUUGAAAUUACCUGCAGUCUCUUGGCCAAUGCAAUGGAAAAGAGUGACCAAAACAAAUUUCUUAUUGAUGGUUUCCCAAGAAACAAAGACAACUUAGAUGGUUGGCAGAAGGAAAUGGGAGACAAAACGAAUGUGCAGUUUGUUUUGUUCUUUAACUGCUCCCAAGAAACAUGCAUGGAUCGUUGCCUUCAGCGAGGAGCUGCUGGCAGUGGACGCUCCGAUGAUAAUGAGGAAAGUCUGAAGAAACGCUUUCAGACAUACGUGAAGGACACUAUGGCAAUCAUUGAGUAUUACGAAGCUCUGGGUCUAGUCAGGAAAAUCGACGCUUCUCAAUCGCCCGACCAAGUUUUCGAGGAUGUUAAGAAAGCGUUCGAAUAGUUCAUCUCGAACGAAAAACGUCUCUAAUUUCCAAGAACUUGAAUUCAAAUUUCAUUGUUUUGGAUUUGUUUAUUUCUUGUAGAUGUUCCUUUUUUAAAAUUUCAAGCUAAACGAGCAAAAAAAAGCCUUUAUUUAGCAGCAAAGUGCACGGAUCUUCCUAUCGUGGUUUGGGUUUUCUUUGAUUCAUCAUGCAUCUCUUUAAAUUACAUCUAUGUAUUCUGUUCCAAGUCCAAGUGGGUGGUUGUAUUUCCCAAUUUAGUGUUUAAAAAAAUUAAUAAAAGAAAGGUAAAACGAAA